GGCCAUGGGGCGGGCGGGCUGAGGGGCCGAAGGCGCCAGCGGGCCAUGGGAGGCGCGGGGAGCAGCAGCUCCAGCCCCGAGGAGGACCGGGCGCAGGAGGAGGCGCCGCCCGCCGGGAUGCUCAAGGGUCGUGGGGCCAGUUUCCUGUCCGACGCCUCCUGGGCACGAGGCUGGAAGAACCUCCUCUCCAGCUUUGGCGGCACACUUCUGGGCCUGGAGAGAGCCUUUGCAGGCAGGAACCCCCUGAAGCGAGAGUCAGGGUCUGUGGUGGAGAAGCUGCCCCAGCUGGCGAAGGAGGGGGCUGAGAGGACCCUGCCCCAGUGCAUCUCCCUCUUCUUGCCCGAAUUCCCAGUCCAGCCUCCAAUGGAGCAGCGCCAGCUGAAGAUCCUGGGCUUUGUGGCCAAGGGGUCCUUUGGGACAGUCUUGAAGGUCUUAGACUGCGGGCAAGAGAAGGUCUUUGCGGUCAAGGUGCUCCCCAAAGUGGAAGUUCUCCGCCGAGACACCCUCAAGCAGUGCAAGGAGGAGGUCAGCAUUCAGAAGCAGGUCAGGCACCCUUUUGUGCAUUGCCUGGGAGACAGCUGGCAAGGCCGCCGCCAUCUCUUUAUUAUGUGCACAUAUUGCAGUACUGGGGAUUUGUACACCCUUUGGAAGUCGGUGGGGCGUUUUGCCGAAGCCGUAAUCCGCCUCUUUGCUACGGAGUUGGUCCUGGUGCUUGGCUACCUCCACAAUCUGGGCAUCGUCCACCGCGAUGUCAAGAUGGAAAAUAUCCUUCUGGAUGAACAAGGUCACCUGAAGCUGACUGACUUUGGCCUCUCCCGCCACCUGCCCUGGGGCGAAAGGGCCUACACCAUUUGUGGGACCCUCCAGUACAUGGCCCCGGAGGUCUUGAGUGGCGGGCCGUACGCCCAUGCGGCAGAUUGGUGGUCCAUGGGGGUGCUGCUGUAUGGCUUAGCCACUGGGAAGUUCCCGGUGGCCCCCGAGAAAGACCACAUCAGCAUGCUGGAGAGCGUCAAACGCUGCAGCUACGCCAUCCCAGGCACCCUCAGCCUGGGCCUCCGCCUUCUCCUCAGCGAGCUCCUGUGCCAGGACCCCCAGCGGCGCCUGCGCUACCUCCACCACUUCCGCGGCCACCUCUUUUUCCGUGGGAUGACCUUUGACGCAGAGAUGCUUCGGAAGCGGCCGGUGGAUGUUGUGCUGGGCCUGCGGAGCCCCCGGGAAACCCCCCUGGACUCGGCCGCCUUUUCGGAUUUCGACUGCGACCUCGUGGCGCCCUCGAGCCAGCCGUGGCCGGGCUGAGUGGCCCCCCGUCCUCCUGGGGGGCAGCAGUUCUUCUCAGGAGGCCCAAAGCCGCCCUCGGGAGACCCCCGGGAAUCACUGUGAGACCUUCUCAGGAAAUGCUUCUUCCAGGCAGCUCUUUGGGCGAACGAAGCCGCCAAGGAUCUCAGGAAGCCCGGCCGAAAAAGCGCCGGCCCCUCUCCGGCAGGGAGGCUGGACCCCUACUUUGCCUGCCACCCCCCUGGCUACUGAGUUCUCCCACUAUGCAAGACUGCCACCCAGAGAUCGGGGAUGACGAGCGCAGCGAAUUUUCCUUCACAUGUAAGGCCAGCGUUGCACAGAAUGGCAAAGAUGGCUUGUCAGCUGGCUGCCUGCAACUUCCUGUGUGUGCAAGAGUCCUGUGGAAUCCGGAAGCUUGCCUCUUUUCCCCACCAACCCUGACCCUGAGCUCAGCUAAUCUAACAGGAGAGACUAAUAACCGUAGAGAGAGAUAUUCCUUCGCUAUGCAAGAGGCAGACGGGCUGUGGUGGGCUUGCUGCCCCUUCCUCUUCAGACGUGCCAACCCCUCUCCCCCUGUGAGAACGGAUUCUGGCCUGGUUCCCCUCUGUUCAAGAAGAACCGGAACCUUCUCCUCCACCCUGGUUCCUAACCUUCUUCCUCUCCUUGCCUCCUCCGCCCCGUCUCUGUGCUUUUUCUUAAACAAGCAAUAAAUCUGUCUUUUAUGGGUCUCUG